UCUGGCUGUUUUGCUCCAGCUGUCACAUCUGCAGCAGCAGCAGCCACACCCGCAAAACCGUUUCUUUUCUAAGUCAUCACCGACCGAUUCAGCGAUGCUGGAAGCAAGAGCACACUGCCUGCUGUCAGCAUCUCUCGCCUACUUUUUUCUCACGUAAGCUUGGUAUUUCGUUCUAAUCUUUGAGAAAUCCUCUUAGUUUCGCUUAGACCUUCCUCCUGCAUUUCUGACAUCUCCAUUGAUGCCAUGUCGGAGGAUCUGUUUUCGGAGAUCGAAGAGCUUGCUCCGAGAUUUGCCGAUGGAAACCUCGGAUCCUUAGAUCCACUGCAACGAGUAAUUUCCGAUCUUCUAUCUAAAUCCAAGGACCGGACAUGGCUCGAGAAUGACGCGGACGUCGCCGGCGGGAUCGCCGUUACGCGAUUGAUCAACCUUCUCCCUGAUUUUUCUCGGCAUUGUCCCGAGCUGUAUGGUCUUCAGCGGUCCAGCGACGUGUCCGGCUCAUCGGUUACUGACGGAUGUCAAGUACCUGCUUCUUCAAGCUUCAUUGAACGGCUAUCUACUAAUUGGUCGAUUUCUCCAGAUCCAGAUCUAGAAGAGCCGUUAGCACCAACAUCAGAUGCUAAUGUUGCUCCAUCCGAGGUUACUAUUUCAGCAUCUGAUGCUAAUAUUGUUGCAGCGAAUGCUGGUGUUUCUUCCGCAGCACCCGCAAUCCGACCGCUGGUGCAAGUCCUUCGGAUUAUUCGGAACUUGCUCGCCGGCCUCGCCUCGAAUCAAGACGCGUUUCUACAAUGCGGUGCUUUGGACGCUGUGGCUACUAUCGCGGAUCGGCUUAUAUCGAGUCACAUCGUCCUUCAAAAUCCACUACCGGGCGCCGCUCCUUCCGGUGGAAAUCUCGCUGCUGCAGCCGGCACCGCCAACGUCUCCGCAGCAUCAGCCGCGGAUCAACCAGCAUCUGGCCCCAACGCUUCAAUCAGCAGUGGAGAUUCGAGCCAAGUGGCAUCUCAACUUGCAAGCCUGAAAGUGGAUAGCGGAGCAGCUUCUUCCGCCAGCACGGCCGACGGGCGCUCGUCGUCAAAGCCUGCGCCUGCACCGCCGUCUGCUUCCGCCACGGGUUCCACACCCGCGCCUUCCGCGCGCAUGCUCAACCGUCCCCCCGCCAUAGCGACUUCUGCCGGGGGAGCUUCCGCCAGCGCAGCCAAUCGGCGGAAACGGUCCAUCAACAGGAAGGUCACCGGAACGCUCUCUUUACCCCUCCUCUCCCCUUCCGCGGCAUCCUUCGGGGCUCUUCCCGGCGCUCCCUCUCCUGCGGGCGGCGCAGCGGCUCUCGCGCAAGGGUCUCCGAUGGCGGGGGGAGGUCCGGGGACCCCCAUGUCGCCCAUGUUCUACUCGUCGCUGCUGCCGCCGGCCUCGCCGUCCGUGCUGCAUCUGGCGCUGCAGAUCGACCUGCCUCGUGAUUACGUGGAUGCAUUGAAGGCUGUUCUCCAGGUGAUCGGCAACUUCGCCAACGCAGGCGAGCUGCACCAAACGGCCGUCUGGGACCGCUGCUUUCCUGGAACCUUCUCCCGGCUGGCGACAGUCCGGUCCGCGGCGGUGCAGCGGGCGCUGUGCAUGGUGCUCUUCACGUGCUGCCGCGCCGUGCCGAAACACGUGGAGGGGCUCGGCGGGUCUAUGGACGGCGUGGCGCUGCUGGCUGGCGUGCUGAGAGCGCAAGGAGAGGCGCUCGUAGCUCGCAAGGAGAGGAAGGACGGGGGCAGCAGUGGUGAUGCUUUCUCAGCUCUCCCAGGCGACGCCUCAAACGGAAUGGACGAGUGGCUUGGCUUACUCAUCGAGCGCCUCUGCCUGCGCGGCCGCUACUUUGAGCCAGUUUUCAAGAACCUUCCCAACUUCUCGCCUCGCCCUGCCCUCGGGCAGGUUCGAGGGCUGUUUUGCCCGGAACAAGCUGCCCUGCUGUGGGUUCUGUGGGGCGCACUACACGUCACUGCGAAAGCGCGGGGGAUAUCAGGAAUCGACGUACCUGCUGGUCCAAACCUGGAGAGCGACGUUUUAAACAAACCGGCUGCUCCUGGUUCCAGAUGGCACGCCCACGGCUUGCCUGACAUUGGACCAGGGACGCUGAAAUUCCUCCUGACCGCGUGCAGAAACGCAGCUGCUGGUAUUGGCAAGGCCCGGGAGGAGGCAGGGAGCACGGGGUCCUCCAACGGGGCACCACCAUCCACAUCCAGCGCCAGCUCCUCCUCAACCUCCUUCACGUGCCUCCAGCUCGUCCUCUGCUUCUCCCUCCGCUGCCUCCGCAUCCUCGCUGCUCACGACUCAACUCCCCCAUCGCACCCCGCUGCCGCAGCCUCUGCAGAAACCUCAGCAGCAGCAGGACAAGGCACAGAGUCGAAAUCAAGGGUAGAGGAUGCGUUUGUUGCGAUCGGAGGGUCUGAAAUUAUUCCGCUGCUGUUGGAUCUCCUCCAGGGGCUGACCGGGCCUGGAGGGCAGAGUGGGCAAGGGAGGAGGGAGGAGGCAUACCCAGGAUAUAGAUCUGACUUGGUGUCAGUGCUUGCAAAUGCGUGCCACCGUCGCCCCACGUAUCAAGAUGCCGUCAGAAUGUAUAAAUGUACAGGAGGGGAUGCAGGUAGCACCAGUGGCGAGAAUGUAUCUGGCCUUGCUCUGGUUGCCAGGCAAUCCAUGGCAGAUUCUACGACCAGCAGCAGUGCAUCUGGUGGAGAGAGUUUGAGGGAGUGGGUGUGCUUUGCGGUGCGCUGCUUGGUGGAAGGGAAUGAGGAUAGCAGGAGGGAGCUAGCAGCAGCCGUGCAGUCGGGAUUAGUUUCUCAAGAGAUGUCGGAAGCAGCUGGUGUGAAGUCCUAGGCCAGGCUUUAGGAUCCGACUUUAUGAAACCAUGUCAUAGUGUAGCUAAUGUGUUGUAUGGCUCUGCUCUAACAGCACAGUCGAAGCAUGGUAUUUCUUGUGAUGCUGCCUUUCUAGCAGCCGUUGCUGCUGUCUGACUGCUGGUUAUGUGGAAUGGUACUCACACGUGGUGCUAGCUGGUACUUCAGUGUAUGCUACGGUGCCUCAAAUCAAAGCAGCAGACCAGC